AAAAUUGUUACCAUAUCUAUGGAACAUAAAGAGAUUAAAUCAGAUAAACCAGUGGUAAUAUAUGGAGGUGAUUAUUGUCCGUAUUGUCAUAAAGUAAAGAACUUUUUGGAGACCAAAAACAUACCAUAUGAAUACAGGGACAUCACAAAAGAGAAGGAACACGAAAGAUAAGUGAACGAAUUCGUAGUUAAAUUGAAAUGGAGCACAAUUCCAAUGGUAUUCAUCAAAUAAAGGUUUGUUGGCGGAUACACAGAUGUAGUGAAUUUGGAUUAGAAGGGAGAAUUGGAGAAUUUAAUAAAAUGAGA